AUGAUAUGGAGCCUUAAUUAAAUGCUUAGGAUAAAAACAGACCAUCAACUAUAUUUUGGCGAUGAAGCCAUUAAAGAAACUAAAUAACAAUAUCCAAACACUUUAUUCUUGGCAGAAGUUUAUUGGAGCAAGAUAUUGGAUUAAUAAGCUGCUUUAGAUAUAGGUAAAGUUAGACCUUAUUAUCAAAUUUAAAUGUAUAAGGUUUAAUCAUAUGAAAUUAAUUUGCAUCUCAUUCGAAUCAUGAUGAACCAAUAGCUAUUAUAAAUUUACUGGUAAAGACACUAUAUCUUUUAUCGGUGCUUUAAUGAGUUAUUCUAUUCCUGA